UACAGCAAAUUUUGAUACUUAACGAGCUUAGUUUUUCCAGACAAAAAGAGUAAUAACAAUGCAAGUGAUUCCACCAAAAAUAAAAAAGAUAUUAGACAAAUGGAACAUCAGAGGACUUGUGAUAUUAUCUCUGUUGUUCCAAACGUCUCUUAUCUUCCUUGCACCAAUGCGGAAACGCACAUCAAAGAAGUUGCUCGCUGCGUUUCUAUGGACCGCAUAUCUUUUAGCGGAUUGGACCGCUAAUUAUGCGGUGUCUCAGAUCACUAAAAACCAAGGGAAAGAACCAGAACCUGACGAUCCUCCAAAAAACAAGAAGCUUCUUGCUCUAUGGGCACCAUUCUUGUUGUUGCAUCUUGGUGGUCCGGACACGAUUACCGCGUUGGCUCUUGAGGAUAAUGCGUUAUGGCAACGUCAUUUGUUUGGCCUCGUCUCUCAAGCGCUUGCAGGUGUUUAUGCGGUGGUGCAAUCGCUAGAAAACGCACUAUGGCCACCAAUCACACUUUUAUUCAUCACCGGAACGAUUAAAUACGUGGAGAGAACACGAGCAUUGUACUCAGCGAGCUUGGACAAAUUCAAAGACAGAAUGCUUCAACAAGCAGACGCUGGUCCUAACUACGCUAAGCUAAUGGAAGAAUACGCUUCAAGAAAAAAGUCAAAUCUCCCAGCUAAAAUCUUCUUAACCGACGAACCCGACAAGCACGAGAGACCCCCUACACUCGUUAAACCGGACCGAAAAUUAACCCAUCUCGAAAUCGUUCAAUACGGCUUCAAAUUCUUCAACACUUUCAAAGGUCUUGUCGUUGAUCUUAUUUUCAGUUUCCGUGAGCGAGACGAAAGCAGAGAUUUCUUCAAUAAGUUGAAACCGGGAGACGCUCUUCGGAUUAUCGAAAUGGAGCUCGGUUUUCUUUACGAAUCGAUGUAUACGAAAACCGCAAUUCUUCAUACGGGAAUCGGUACUCUGUUUCGGUUAAUUUCCUUUGGAUCGCUUCUUUCUUCCUUCUUUGUCUUCCAUCGUAGACCACUUAAGUCUGAGGAUUUUCAUGGAGCAGAUGUUGUGAUCACUUACAUUUUGUUUAUAGUUGGUAUCGCACUUGAUCUUGCAUCAAUGGUCAUUUUCUUGUUCUCGGAUUGGACAUUCGCGGUAUUGAGAAAGCUUAAGGAUGAUCCAGAGGAAAAGAAUAAUAGUUCUAUCGACUUUUUACUCAAUUGGUUUCUCGCGUUUAGGAAACCGCGUUGGAAGGAGCAUACAUGCAACGGAAACCAGACCCACAAGGUGCUCUCGACGGGGUUUUUGUCACGGAGAUGGUCAGGCACGAUCUACGGAUUUAAUUUCAUCGGAUUUUGUCUGAAAGCCAAAGUUUCAAGAAUCCAUAAGAAGAGAAACUGCAAUGUUUUAGUGUGGGAAUCCGUGGUUUCGCUAUUCGAUCUGGUGAUCAGAAGAAUCAAAAUGUUGUUUGGAUCGAUCAAGAAUGUUAAUAGAUCAAUAAGAAGCGUGCUCCGGCAAUGGUCUAAACAGAAUUCGAUGGUUCGUUACACGGUUUACCCGAUAUACCUCGUAUUCUUUGCCGGUAUUCCUGAAGUUUUUAGAGUCCUUUGGAAAUACAUUGAUCGAAUCUUCAGUGUUAAAUCUUAUCUAGACGAGAUUAGGUUCAUUUCGAGAGAGCCGUUGACGAAGAAUCAAUGGGAAUUUAUAUUCAAUGAGCUGAAGGAUAAGUCCGGCUUUGCGGAAACACCUGAAGUUGCAAAGAAAGUGUCUUGGGCGAGAGGAGAAUGGGCUUUACGAGUUUCAAGAUUGGCGGAAGUUGAUAGAUUGAUGUGUUAUAUAGAGAAAGUUGAUUAUGAUCAAAGUCUCCUCCUUUGGCAUAUCGCUACCGAGCUCUGUUUUCAAAUAGAAGAUGGUGGGAAGAUGGAGAAUCUGAGCAAAGAAAGUUAUGAUGACCGAGAAUUCAGCAAGAUUAUAUCUGAUUACAUGAUGUAUUUGUUGAUAAUGCGACCGAAAUUGAUAUCGGAAGUUGCGGGAAUCAGGACUAUAUGGUUCAGAGAAACUAAAGCUGAAGCUGAGAGGUUUUUCAAAGGACGGCAAAUCAAGGACUUGAGAGAUAUGAAACGAGCGAGUGAGACGGUUUUAUUGGUUAGUAACGAUAUUGAGCCGAGACUUGAUCGAAGCAAGUCGUUUCUUUUUGAUGCGAGUAUAUUGGCGAAAGAGCUUCAGAAAUUGAAAGAGAGUAGUAAUGAAGAUGGGAAAUGGAGAGUGUUGAGCAAAGUGUGGGUUGAGUUGCUAUGUUACGCAGCAAGUCAUUGUAAAGCGACAGAGCAUGUGGCGCAACUUAGCAGAGGCGGUGAGCUACUUAACUUUGUUUGGUUGUUGAUGGCUCACUUCGGAUUAGGAGAUCAGUUUCAGAUCAAUAAAGGAGAUGUUAGAGCUAAACUCGUUGUAGGAGAGUGAUAGUUAUAUAUAACCCAAAAAAAAAAAAUAUCUUUU